GUUUCAUUUUUUUCCAUUUCCGCUUUGUUGUUAUUUUCUUCACCCUAGCACACAGUUGUUUUGGAGUGUAGGUGUCUAAAGAUACUUUUUCGAACGCCGACUAAAAAUUGAAAGUCCAAAUAUUGUAAUUGUGACGUGGUUCCUUUAAUGUUCAUCUUAAGUUUCGGUUGGAGCCGGAACCAAAGCUUCGUUUAUCGCUGUUCAUUUUCUUCGGUUUCUUAGCCCUUGUGAUCCAAGAUGACGCAGCAUUCUGUCAAGGCAUUUGUUCGAGAGAAUUUCGGCGAGGAUUACUUACCAGUCUAUCACGGCCAGACAAACAUUAUCUCGCCACUUGCGCUGAUUGUAAAACGGAAGCGGUCUUUGUGGAAGCGCCCCUUUGGCAAAGGGGAAAUGGUCAUCGUUGGUGGAUUGCAAAGGUACAUCACUGAUGAGAAAGAGAAAGACUUUCAUAGUUACUGCCGAUCCAAACUUAUGAAAGAAAACAGGAAUUUGGAAAAAACAGAAACGAAAGAGGUCGGCAGGAAUCUCGAUGUCUCAUUUGAGGGCUUGGACACUGGGGGACUGGAACUUAAGUUAACCGACAUUCUGGGGGACGUGGAGCUUGGAAAACUUACAGAGGAGUAUUACGUGGACGCAGAUCUGCGCGAAUUGUUAUCACUAGCUGUGUUAGAUACUGAUAAGAUGACGCCACUGGAGGGUCACAAUUUGUGUCUUGUAACUGCAGUGAUGUAUAGCGCAAAAUUUUUCCUUAAAGGCAACCGAAUGCAUCAGGCAAUAUUUUCAGGAGAUGUGCACACACCCUCCAAAUUUGCCUCAUUAUUGGGGAGUGAUUCCUUUUUAAAAGGAAGCGUUAAAAAGCAGUCUUUCCUUCCACCAAUGGUGCGAAGACAUUCUCGUGCGCCUUUCCUCUUCAAAUUUUGUCGUGUGGCUUAUAACAAGGAAGGGAAAAGGUUACAGAUUGAUGAUGGCGAGUUUGUCGGCAAACAAUUCCGUAGUCGGGGUGGAUACGAAGAUAAACCUGCUCCCGUCCAUUCAGUCAUAUCAGACGAAGACGCAGCGAUUCAUUUAGAAAUGGAAGAAAGUUUAACUCCAGGUGGGAUUUUCCUAACAAAGAAAGAUGAUGAAAAAGUAGAAGAAGUCAGAAAACUUCUGAUAACUGCAGAAAAUGGUACUCAGCUGAAAACACUGAUACUUACGUAUUUGAAUUGGUUUGAACAUAUCCUGACAAGUGACUCCAAGCAGUUACUACUCGACAAACCCCUGACAAAGGAUGAUUGUGACUUUCUCCAAAAACUUGGAAUUCGAGCCAGGCCAAAGCAGUUGUUUCUGAGACUAGCUUCAGUGCAGAGAGACGUGAUCCAUGAAUAUGGCUGCUUGUUCAAAUUUAUCAGUGAAGCAUCACAAGAAAACUGGGAAGAACUUCUUCAAAGAAUAGUGGAAUCAGGGGAAGGGGAGAAGAAAAGUGAAGAUAUUGCAGCAGCGGAACAGAAAUGAUUCGUAUUUCCUUUCAAACCUCUAGCUGAAAGAAGCAAAUAAACGCCUUAUUUGGACCGAUUGAAAAUUAACUUGGACUCACUGACCAGUGUCAUAGUUGCUAGAUACAGAAUAUCAUGUCCGUCUUGUGUGACUACCAUUUUCAGUGAUGUCGUAGAAAAUUGACUCUAAAAUGUUCCAAAAGAGUUCUUGGCCUGUGCAUGGUUACUUUAAAAUCGUGGAUCUGAACUUCCAAGGUACUAUACAAUGUAUCGUAUCCGCACGUGGAACAUGUUGAGAAAAAAGGAAAAAAAAAAAUAAACAAUGAGAAAAGGGAGGGUGAGUUCUCCUGUCAGAAUCGAUUCAGUCCCUCCCCUUUCAUUUUCACCC